GUCGCCUCCAUACGUAGCCGUUCUCCCUUGCUCGUCCUCCUCCCCCUCCCUCCUCCCUACCUCUCCGUCUCGAAGCCACCACCGCGUCGGCGCCAUUGUCGUCUCAACCUCCUUCCCACCGCCAUCCGCUCUUCUCCCCCACCUCGUUCUUCUGAUAUGGAUACUGCAGGGACAGGGCUAUAUCCAUUACACCGUUGCAAGACACUCCACCUGGUUCGGCAUGCACAGGGAAUUCAUAACGUGGCAAGAGAAAAGAACAACGACCCCCUUAAGUCAUAUGAUUUCUUUGAUGCUCAACUCACCCCUCUUGGCUGGCAGCAGGUGAGUAACUUGCGCAGGCAUGUCCAAGCAAGCGGACUUUCCAAGAAGAUUGAUCUUGUAAUUACGUCCCCUCUGUUGAGAGCUAUGCAAACAGCUGUUGGAGUUUUCGGUGGGGAAGGCCAUACAGAUGGAAUAGGUGCACCUCCUUUGAUGGUUGCAAAUGCAGGGAAUAGCGAUCAUCCUGCCAUUUCAAGUCUCAAUUGCCCACCAUUCAUUGCCGCGGAACGUUGUCGAGAACGUUUAGGAGUUAAUCCUUGUGACAAAAGACGAAGCAUUAGCGAGUAUCAGCCGCUCUUUCCUGCAAUUGACUUUUCAUUGAUUGAGAAUGAAGAUGACGUCUUGUGGAAGCCUGAUGUUAGAGAAAAGAAUGCGGAAAUUACUGAUCGAGGAAGGAAGUUCUUGAGCUGGUUGUGGACACGGGAAGAGAAGAAGAUUGCAAUCGUUACCCACAGUGCAUUCUUGUUGCACACCCUCAGCGACUUUGGAAAUGAUUGUAAUUUAUUGAUCAAGAACGAAAUACGCAAGGAAUUUGCAAACUGUGAACUCCGUUCAGUUGUCAUCGUGGACAGAGGGAUGACCGGAUCAGAUGCCUCAAAGACUGACUAUCCAGGGAAAAUUCCUGAUGGACUUGAUCUUCCAAGUGACGUUGCCAAGGACAAGCACUAAAGGAAGGUCUAUGGAGGAUGCCAACCAUUCAAGGCACCGAAUGGUCUAAUUAGUCUCCCAUACUCUUGUUUCAAUUAAUAAUUGAGGUGUACUAUUUUGGAUGGGGAAGCCGUUGCAGCACCACGCCAUUGACUCUGAACUUGUAAGCUUUGCUAGGCAGCUUCAAAGUCCAUCCUUUUGAAAAUCAGGGAAUAUGAAGCCAGUGAAAUUAGGUGCCAAUUCAUUAUAACUAUUAAAGGACGCCGUAUCGUGUAUCUUAGCGCAACUGAGGUUGAACUUCGCUUCA